UUUCGCUUGGAAACUUCCGCUUGGAACAGAGUAUUUUUGUUAUUUGGACUGAAACCAUUGUUGUUUAAAACAACUUUUGGGUGAGAGGACACUGAUUUGUGACACUUAGUGUUUAUUGCUUUUUGUGACUGCUGUUAAUGUCAUCCAAGUCAAUGUUAUCAUAGCUUGGGUUAAUGCAUCCAUCCAAUAUGUUAUUUUCAAUAUUUUGAAGCGGUGAAUGAAAGGGGUUAAAUGAAAAUGUCUUUAGAUCAAUAGGAUAAAUCAUAUCUGAGCGCUCAGGUUUAGUAAGUUGGCCAACAAUAGUGGUAACAAGCUUAAACAAUAACCAUGAAAAGUGAACCCAUGGGUGAUUUUGAAUAAAAUUCGAUACACUUUUUUUAUUUUCCCAAUUGAUUUAGUAUAUUAAAACAUAUAUUGAAACUUUUUAACUAUUGUUUGUACUGUGAAAUUCUUGAUCUUCUCUGGAGUAGGGGCCGUCUCAUCCUCUGCUAGUAAAGUAUAGUCGGUCAGGGAUAUACAGGGUAAGGUGCACACACAGACACUUACGCUUGUGUUAUAUUCUUUAGGCCAUCACAUGUGACAUUUCCAAAUCCGAAAGCCUAAACUAUUAUAUUAGUUUCCUGAAGGCAGAAUAGGCUUGAGACUAGUUGAUCCGGGGGUCAGGACAGAUCUUUUGAUCUCCAGCCUUUCAGGGAAGAGUUAUUUACCCCUACUAAACAGAGAUGUAGGUUCCGUCUGUACAAUUACAUCACACUAGGCGAGCUUGGCAGAUAUUUCUGUAUAAAUAGAAGAGGACAUUUCAAACACCGCACUGCUCUGCUCAUCUAGUGAUCUUGAACUUCUGACCUGAACUUCUACCUGCUUACCUGAAGAACCAUUCAUUACUCUACUUUCACUAUGGCUGAACGAUCUGAGAAGAGGUCUAUUAAUCGCAGACUUGUGUACUGUCUGCUGUGCCAAAAGCCACAGGACGCGUUGUCUCAACACCUGGCCAGGGUCUGUAUGAAAAACAGCACACCACAAGAAAGAGCGUCUGAGGUGCAGAAGGCCAAGGAUUCCACCAAGAAUUGGACCCGGACCAGGAUUUGGGAUUACAACCGUAUCUGUGAGAUGCUACCCCACCUGGAAUGUCGUUCGGCCCUGGUGAAGGAGCUUCUUGGGAUGGAGUACUUCAUCAGAAACAUGCCCCCUGAGACCAUGGCCGUACACUCUGCAAGUGACGACACCUCAGCAACUGCCACCAUAUGUGUUGGCACCUCUCCCCCCUCUUCACCACAAGGGACUGAUGACAGGGACUUGCCCUCUUCUGAUCUGGAUGAGAGGACAGGAGACCCUUCCUGGCAAAGUGUGCGUGAGAAAAUGCUAAAGGCGGGUCUAUAUUCAAAGUUUCCUGAUGAUGCCAGUCUUAUUUCGGACUUCAAAAGGUACCUCACGGACAGUCUCAGCAUCACCAACUGCCAACAGGAGGUUGACAAAGUGUCACGCUUCCUGCGGUAUUUGCAGCCCAGGGGGGAUGAGCCAAAUCUGGACUUCCUCAAGAAGAGCAUAGAGACACGAGAUUACUUGACAAGAUUACGACUGACAGACAUGAGCGCAGCCACCAUUCUGAAGUACAUCCAGAACAUGAUACGGUUCGUAGGCUUCCUGAAGAUAAAGCUGGGUCCGGGAAAGGAAGGCGCAGAGCUCCACUCCAUGUGCCAAGCGUACAAGGACCUGCUGCAGACACUGAGGAAGCUGAUUGUCAAGGCUUGUGUACAUGAAACGGUCACCAUAAAAAACAAUCGAUUAUCCGAUGGCAUGCGCAGCGUUGCAGAUUGCCAGGAAAUUUUGAACGUCGCUAAGGAAGACUUCCUUAACAUCUUCAGGAAGUUAAUGGAUGAAUCACAUGUCUUUGACAGUGAAAAGACGUCAUUCCGCUAUUACUGUGAAGCGAUCAUGGUGUUUCGUCACUUUCAGCUCACAGGAGCUGUGGAGGGCAUGACUGUGAAAGAGUGGAAGAGUAGAAAGCAUAUUGGUGGCAGGGCUGUGAUUUGCAUCCGCCAACACAGAUCAAAAACACUACAGAUCGUCACACUUGCCUUGACACUGGAGGAGGAAGCUUGGUUACAGGCAUACUACAAGGAAAUUCGCCCUGGAUACCUCAAGGAUAGUUGUGACAAGUUCUUUAUUUCAUCCAAUGGCAAACCUCUUCACAGGGUCACAAACGAUGUCGCCCGACUCCAUGAAAGCUACAAACUCCAACCUGCCAGUAGUAUUGAGGUCCGAAGGGCUGCUGAGGCACAGGCAGCAGCAUUUAUGGAGAACCAAAAGGUAUGGAAUGCCGUUUGA